UGACCCAAUCAAGAAAAGAAAUAAGAUGAUGAGAUGAGAAUAUACCAGACUUAUCAAAAUUGACCAUUUGUCUCGAUGUCUUAAUGAGGGUCAGUGACUUAAUACAGCGAAUAAUAAAUAUGUCCUGGAGACCAAAGGAAAGCCUGGACAAGGGCAGUGGAGGGUUCGGUUCUCUGUACAAGGACAACAGAAAGAAUGUUCUUCAAUCCUCUGCUAACUAUAAAUGUCAAAAAUGUCUGCAGAUCGGGCAUUUUACCUACGAGUGCACCGGGGAGAGAAAAUAUACCCAGAGGAGUAGCAGAACAGAACUACUUAAACGGAAACUAGAGGGCAAGGAUGAAAACUCGCAGAAAAAAAAGAAAGAGGAAAGCAGUAGUAGUAGCAGUAGCUCAGAUAGCAGCAGCGAUAGCAGUAGCAGUAGCAGUAGUAGUAGCAGUGAUUCAGAGAAUGAAGAAACACAGAAGAAAAAGUCAAAGAAGAAGAAGUCUAAAAAAUCUAAAUGAGAAUUGCGCUAAGAAUAAUAUUCACGAAAUAAAAUUUGUUCUUAAUUUGUUAAUUUUCAAGUACCUGAUUUUCAGAAAAAUGUCUGGAGAUAUUAGGGAGGAAGAUAUUUCCGCUCUGAUAGCCGUCACAGGACAAACCAGGGACAAGGUGAUCCAAGCCCUGGGAGUCUGUUGUGGAGAUAGUGAGCUUGCCUACCAGUUGAUGACAGACGAUACAAAGCAGUCAUCAACACUUUCUGAUCAACAAAUCGGAGGUCAGGGUUCCAGUGGAUCUUCUGGGUACAGGAAACCAGUGAUACAGGAAACAAAGUUCCAUGGUGAGGGGUCGGGAGGGCGAGGAGGAGAGGGCAGCCAGGAGAUCGAGGGGAUUGCGAUGAGGGUUGUGAGAGAAGACGAGGGAAGUAUUGUGGGUGAGGGGAGUAUAUCUAGAAAGAAUGCGGGAGAGGGAUCUACUAGAACUAGGACCAGUGAAGGGACCGGAUUAUGGAAUGAUCUUCAAACAACGGAUUUCCCCAUAUCGCAAGGAUUGAAAAGAAAGAGACGAACUAAAGAUAAUGAAUAUCUAACACUCAAAGUUAUUCGACCUUUUCAAGGCUCGGGACAGCAUGAAAUACAUUUUAGAGUAAAGAACACAACACAGCUUGGAAAAUUGAAGAGAUCUUACAGUGAGCGAAUAGGAGUUGCUCUUUAUUUAUUAAGGUUUUUGUAUGAUGGAAGGAGAAUCACAGACGAACACACACCUGAAACUUUGGAAAUGGAACCAGAUGAUUUUGUGGAGGUGUAUGAUGAACUUGGAAACACUAGCUCCGGGUCCGGGCCCUCCAUCUAUGAUGAGAAAUCCCAACCAAAUAACAGUACACGGGAUUCUGAACUGACCGGGAAACGACGAUCAUCUAUCUGGCUGAGCAAUGAUCCAGGUUCUGACUCUUCUGGUGAAAGUCCUGAACCGGAGAAGGAUACUGAACCUGAACCUGAACCUAAACCUGCCAAACAAGAUCCAGAACCACCCAGCACACCUUCACCCGCUGAAUUAAAGGACGCAGAUGAUGUACUUUUAGAUCUACAGAAGAUCAAGAAGAAGUAUGAAAAUCUUGUCAAAAAACUAAGAGAUAAGGUUGAGUGCCCUGUAUGUCUGGAUGUGCCAAAGAAAGCUCCAAUACCCGUAUGUGUUAACGGUCAUGUUGUCUGUGAAAAAUGUCUGAGAGAUGAAUGCCCGACCUGCAGGGCUCGAAUGGAUGGAGGGACCUCAACGCUAGCUGUAACUGUGAUAGAGAAUAUAGAACAUCUAUGUGAGUGGGAGGAGUGUACAGAGUCUCAUAUUCUCUCAGCUCUUAAACAUCAUAUGAAAAAAUGUAGCUACAGGAUGGUUGAAUGUCCUGGAUUAGAAUGUUCCAAGAGAUUUUCUCUCUCCCGACUCUUGGAACAUUCCCUGUACUGCUGUGUGGAACGGAACGAAAUAACACAAUAUAGGCUGCCACACAAAUUCACCUUUUUGAUGAAGAAAGACAUGGCUGCGGUGAUGCAGAGCAAUAGAGACUUGAACUGGAAGCUGGAAGGAAUCAAGUUUGAUGAUAAAAUAUUUUUCCUCAAGGUUUCCUGUGAGCGUAGACUUGGCCGAGCCCGUUGGAGUUUUUGUGUACAAAUGUUAGGAGGUGCAGACGGGUGCAACAAAUAUACUCUUAAUUUAGUAGUUUGUAAAGGUUGUGUAAUGUUGGGAGGAAAGUAUUCCAAGAGUUAUUGCGGAGACGUUUGUCCGAUUGACGUGAGCAGUAGCGACCAGGCAUAUGAGAAUGAUCUCUGUUUAACGAUGACAGACAAGUCUAUGGAGAAGAUCCUUUGUAAGAAUACAACCACAGGAAACUAUGAGUUCUCUGUUAUGGUCAAUAUCUACAAAUCAUAAGUGCAAUCCUUUUUAUUUGAUUUUUCCUUAUUGUUGUUUUAUUCCCACUUUAAAGUUUUAUUUUCAAUUAUUCAUUUUAUUGGUUCACAUACCCAUAACAAGAAUUUGUAUAAGAUGCUUAAACUAGUUUUCGUUUUCCUUGUUUUUAAAAUUUGUUAUAGAGAUGUUGUCAAAACAAUUCAACUUUUAAUUUCUAUGUCGUUCUAUAUAUUUAAAUAAAUUUUCAUGGUGACCCCCCCCCCCCUUCGCAUCGAGAGUAUGCUGGGCGGUUCUACGUACCGUCUCCACCCGCAACCAACAACUGCGUCAAGACCCAGUUCAAACACCUUCCCAACCUAUUCUGCUCACUUCGUGGUUUUUCGACGAGCUCUAAAAGGAUGCCCAUGGCUCCGCUAACAACCGUAUUGACGUAAUAAGAUGAUUCAUUAUACAACCUUGAAUUAAAUUGAGCGUGCAAACCAGUGAUAAAUGUGCAAAUUUCAGA